AUGUCGUUUUUGCACCUGAUCCGAGGGUUCGGCCGCAGCUCCAAGAACAAGAAGAAGGAAGAGCCCGGUCCGCUGGCGUCGCCACUAUACCUGCACGGGAACGGGCUGGCGCUGGCGUUGAGGCGAAGCCAGCUGCCCACCAAAUCACCACAAAAGCUGGCACGAUACACGGCGCCGACGCUGCCGACGAAGCGAAGUAAACCCGCCCAGCAGCGGCUGCCCACCCGCCGCAGCCAGGUGCCGGCGUCGCCCCAGUCCCAGUUCGGCCAAGCUAGUGGUGCCGGCGCCAAUGGCCAGCCGUUGCUGUCGCUGCAGUCCCAGGUGUCAAAGUCGCUGCAACAGACGUCGAGCAAUAAGGACGAGCCGUUGCCGCUCUACCGGUGCGAGCCGUUUGUGAAAACUGCCCUUGUCAAGGGUUCAUAUAAGACCAUCGUCCAGCUUCCGAAAUACGUCGAUAUUGGCGAGUGGUUAGCCCUCAAUAUCUUCGAGAUGAACGCUCAUCUUAACCUGUUCUACGGCGUCGUUCUGGAUUACUGCACCGUCGAGUCGUGCCCGACAAUGCUGGCAGGCCCCCAUACCAAUUACCUUUGGGCCGACAAUAACGGCCAGGCAAUCCAGUUGCCGGCACCGCAAUACAUCGACUACGUGUUGACGUGGAUAAGCAACAAAAUCAACGACCAGCUGGUAUUCCCUACCAAGCUGGGCGGGGCGUUCCCCCCUAACUUCACCAAGGACUGCAAAAACAUAAGUCGGCAGAUGUUCCGCGUGUUUGCCCACAUAUACUAUGCACAUUUUGAUACCAUCGUCCACUUGCUGGUAGAAGCUCACUGGAAUUCGUUCUUUGCCCAUUUCAUCAGCUUCGUCAAGGAAUACAAUCUUAUCGAGCGCAGCGAGUUGGAGCCAUUAUUACCGUUGAUCGAGGACUUUGAAGCGCAAGGAAAAAUAAAUUAG